CUAUCUCCUCCAACCACAACCGCCUUACACCACCGCUUCUCCGCCACCAUACACACACUCAACCACUUAACCCACAACCAAAAAAUUACGCACUUCACAUCACUUAAAAUGGGUACCGGAGACUACGAGUACCCGAAAUCCAAAUUCGAACAACAACAACAACAACCUCAUAAGGUUGCUAUUCCGCCACCUCAACCGUUUAUAAAAAGUUUGAAGUUAACUGUUAAAGAAACAUUGUUUCCAGAUGACCCACUCAGGCAGUUUAAAGGGCAGUCACAGUCUCGGAAAUUUAUACUUGGCCUCCAGUAUAUCUUCCCGUUUUUCGACUGGGCGUCGAGUUAUAACUUAAGUUUUUUUAAGUCGGAUAUUAUUGCUGGUAUUACUAUUGCAAGUUUGGCUAUUCCUCAAGGGAUUAGCUACGCGAAGCUUGCGAAUCUCCCGCCAAUUCUUGGCCUGUAUUCAAGCUUCAUUCCGCCACUAGUGUAUGCAAUGAUGGGGAGUUCAAAAGAUUUAGCAGUGGGGACGGUUGCGGUGGCGUCGCUGCUAACCGGCUCCAUGUUAGGCGCGGUGGUGAACGCCAAUGAAGAGCCAAAACUAUAUCUUCAGUUAGCUUUCACCGCGACGUUUUUCGCGGGUGUUUUACAAGCUUCAUUGGGCAUCUUAAGGCUCGGGUUUAUCGUUGAUUUCCUGUCACACGCGACGAUCAUAGGCUUCAUGGGCGGCGCUGCAACGGUUGUUUGUUUGCAACAGCUGAAAGGAAUAUUGGGUUUGGAACAUUUCACUCAUGGCACUGACCUUGUAUCAGUUUUGAGAUCUGUCUUUUCUCAAACACAUAAGUGGAGGUGGGAGAGUGCAGUUUUGGGUAUAUGCUUCCUGUUCUAUCUCUUGGUUGCUAGAUUUGUUAGCACGAAAAGACCAAAACUAUUUUGGAUAUCGGCAAUGGCGCCACUGACAUCAGUGAUUCUAGGAAGCGUUCUCGUUUAUCUCACUCAUGCCGAGAAACAUGGCGUUCAAGUGAUUGGAGAAUUGAAGAAAGGGUUAAAUCCAAUUACAAUAAUGGACUUGUCUUUUGGAUCACCAUACCUAUCUACUGCAAUCAAAACUGGCAUUGUCACGGGUGUUAUAGCCCUUGCUGAAGGAAUUGCUGUUGGAAGAAGCUUUGCCAUGUUCAAGAAUUACAACAUUGAUGGUAACAAAGAGAUGAUUGCCUUUGGCAUGAUGAACAUUGCUGGUUCAUUCACUUCUUGCUACCUCACCACGGGGCCCUUUUCACGUUCGGCUGUAAACUUCAAUGCUGGAUGCAAAACCGCGGUAUCAAACAUUGUAAUGGCUAUUGCGGUGAUGAUAACAUUGUUAUUCCUAACGCCGUUGUUUCACUACACUCCACUUGUUGUACUUUCUUCCAUUAUCAUAUCCGCGAUGCUUGGCCUUAUUAAUUAUGAAGAAGCGAUUCACCUAUGGACACUAGACAAAUUUGACUUUGUUGUAUGCAUGAGUGCAUACUUCGGUGUUGUCUUUGGGAGUGUUGAAAUUGGAUUAGUUAUCGCGGUCGCAUUGUCGUUGCUUAGGGUACUCCUAUUUGUCUCGAGGCCAAGAACAUCGACGCUAGGUCUCAUACCCGAUUCCACGAUUUAUAGAAGUAUGGAUCAAUACCAAAAUGCAAAAAGCGUUCCAGGAAUCUUGAUACUUCAAAUCGAAGCACCUAUUUACUUUGCUAACUCUAGCUAUUUGAGGGAAAGGAUUGUGAGAUGGGUUGAUGAAGAGGAAGAUAGGUUGAAGUCUUUAAAGGAGAAUGACUUGCAAUAUGUCAUUCUUGCAUUGAGUGCUGUUGGAAAUAUUGAUACAAGUGGGAUAACAAUGCUUGGAGAAGUUAAAAAGGUUAUGGAAAGAAGAGGGCUAAAGUUGGUUUUAGCGAAUCCGGGCGGAGAGGUAAUAAAGAAGAUGAACAAAGCGAAGUUGAUAGAGGUGAUCGGGCAAGAAUGGAUAUAUCUAACGGUGGGAGAGGCGGUUGGAGCGUGCAACUUUAUGCUUCAUACUUGCAAGAAUGCCGAAAAGCCAACUUCUGGAUCAGAAUCAGGAAAAGAGAGUCGAAACGACAAUAAUGUCUAGUUGGAUGUUGUUAUUUGAUCAUUUGACAGCAUUUUUCGUCGAAGGCGUAUUCGUAAUGAUAAAUAAUUUGUAUAUUGAUUAGCUUGUUUUGUCGAGUUCUUAGUUACGUAUGUAAAAUGUUCUUUGUACAGGCGUUAAUAUAAGCCUAUGAAGAACAUUUUACAAUUAGAGGGCUAUGAAAUGAAACCAAAGUUCGGUUUUAAUUAUAGUAAAUCAGGGCUAUGAAAUGAAAUCAGAGUUCGGUUUUAAUUAUAGUAAAUCAAAUAUAAUUAUGUCCC